AUGACGCGCCGCGGAGCAGCAACGCUGAACAGGUCGCUCGCUGGAUUCCUCGCGCAUGAAGAGCCGGAGAAGCUCCUGUCGCUCUUCGCGGCCAAGGUCAGGCAGUGCAGGGGCCUCAGCUCCGUCGAUUUCGCUUGCGCCCUGCGUGUGUGCAGGGGCAGCGGCAAGCACUGGCCACUCGUUCCAGGGAUCCACGCCAAGGCAAUCACGUGCGGUAUUGGAGCUGACCGGAUCGUCGGCAACCUUCUGAUCGAUUUUUACGCCAAGAGAGGGCUCGUACAGCGGGCAAGGCAGGUGUUUGAGGAGCUAUCUGCCAGGGACAAUGUGUCGUGGGUCGCAAUGCUGUCAGGAUACGCACAGAAUGGCCUCGGAGAAGAAGCAGUUGGGCUCUACCACCAGAUGCAUCGGUCCGGAGUUGCUCCUACGCCUUACGUUCUGUCCAGCGUACUGAGCGCCUGCGCCAAAGCUGAGCUUUUUCAGCAAGGGCGGUUGGUUCAUGUCCAAGUCUACAAGCAAGGCUUCAGCUCUGAAACCGUCGUGGGGAAUGCGCUUAUUGCCCUCUACUUGCGGUUUGGAUCUUUUAGCCUGGCGGAAAGAGUGUUCUGGGACAUGCCGUGCUGCGACAUAGUAACGUUCAAUACGCUGAUCUCGCGACAUGCUCAGUGUGGACAUGGUGAGAGUGCUUUGGAGGUAUUUGGCAGGAUGCGGUUGUCUGGCUGGAAGCCUGAUUGUGUGACCAUUGCUAGUCUCCUUGCAGCUUGUGCCUCUAUUGGGGAUCUACAUAAGGGCAGGCAGCUCCAUUCCUAUUUGCUAAAAGCAGGCAUGUCUCCAGAUUACAUAGUUGAAGGCUCACUUCUUGACCUCUAUGUGAAAUGUGGUCACGUUGACGAAGCUCUUGAGAUCUUCAGUUCGGGUGAUAGGACAAAUGUAGUGCUGUGGAACCUGAUGCUUGUUGCAUAUGGACAGAUUACUGAUCUAGCGAAAUCUUUUGACCUCUUUUGUCGAAUGCUAGCUGCAGGGGUACGCCCUAACCAAUUCACAUACCCAUGCUUGUUAAGGACUUGCACUUACACCGGACAAAUUAACCUUGGAGAGCAGAUUCAUUCAUUAAGCAUAAAGACUGGCUUUGAGUCUGAUAUGUAUGUCAGUGGUGUAUUGAUAGAUAUGUACUCUAAACAUGGGUGGCUUGAUAAAGCUCGGAGAAUUCUUGAAAUGCUUGAAGCAAAAGAUGUGGUCUCGUGGACAUCCAUGAUUGCUGGAUACGUGCAACAUGAGUUCUGCAAAGAGGCCCUUGGAACAUUCAAAGGUAUGCAGCUUUUUGGAAUCUGGCCGGAUAACAUAGGGCUAGCAAGUGCUAUAAGUGCUUGUGCUGGAAUCAAAGCACUGCGUCAGGGUUUGCAGAUUCAUUCUCGGGUUUAUGUGUCUGGUUAUUCAGCAGACGUUCCGAUUUUGAACGCAUUGACAAACCUUUAUGCACGUUGUGGAAGAAGCAAAGAGGCUUUGUCUUUAUUUGAGGCAAUUGAACAUAAAGACAACAUAACCUGGAAUGGACUGGUAUCUGGUUUUGCACAAAGUGGUCUAUAUGAAGAGGCCCUCAAGGUAUUUAUUAAGAUGUAUCAAGCAGGUAUCAGCUAUAACGUGUUCACAUUUGUCUCCUCUAUUAGUGCUUCAGCUAACCUCGCAGAUAUAAAACAAGGGAAGCAAAUUCAUGCUAGAGUUAUUAAAACAGGUCACACCUCUGAAACUGAAGUUGCCAAUGCAUUGGUUUCACUGUAUGGGAAAUGUGGCAGCAUUAAAGAUGCCAAGGUGCAGUUCUAUGAAAUGUCCGAGAAGAAUGAUGUUUCAUGGAAUACUAUUAUUACAAGUUGCUCACAGCAUGGAUGUGGCCUUGAGGCCUUGCAACUUUUUGAUCAAAUGAAGGAUGAAGGUCUAAAACCAAAUGAUGUUACCUUCAUAGGCGUUUUAGCAGCUUGCAGUCAUGUGGGUUUGGUAGAGGAAGGCCUUGGUUACUUCAAAUCCAUGUCUAGUGUGCAUGGAGUGCAGCCAAGACCUGAUCAUUACGCUUGUGUUGUAGAUAUUCUUGGACGUGCUGGGCAACUUGACCGGGCAAGGAAAUUUGUUGAGGAAAUGCCAAUUUCAGCUGAUGCAAUGGUUUGGAGAACACUUCUCAGUGCUUGUAGAGUACACAAGAAUAUAGAAAUCGGAGAGCUUGCAGCCAAGUGUCUUCUGGAGUUAGAGCCUCAUGAUUCAGCAUCAUAUGUUCUUCUUUCAAAUGCAUAUGCUGUUACUGGGAAGUGGGCACAUAGGGAUCGGAUCAGAAAGGUAAUGAAAGAAAGAGGUGUUAGAAAGGAACCCGGCCGUAGCUGGAUUGAAGUGAAGAAUUUGGUCCAUGCGUUCUUUGUUGGUGAUCGAUUGCACCCGCUGGCUGAUCAGAUUUACAAAUAUUUGGCAGAACUAAAUGAUAGGUUAGAGAAAAUAGGAUACAAGCAAGAGAAUCAUUCUCUCUUCCAUGAAAAAGAGAAAGAACAAAAGGACCCAACUGUUUUUGUCCAUAGUGAGAAGUUAGCUGUGGUUUUUGGAUUGAUGAGUUUGCCUCCCUCUAUGCCCCUUAGAGUGAUUAAGAAUCUCCGUGUCUGCAACGACUGCCACACUUGGAUGAAGUUUACUUCUGAAGUCAUGGAAAGGGAAAUUGUAUUGCGUGAUGUGUACAGAUUUCACCAUUUUAAUAAUGGCAAUUGUUCAUGUGGAGAUUUCUGGUGAAGUUUGCUGAAGUAGUCAACCUUGAGGACAUAUGAUGGCUGUCCGAAUGGACCAGCCAGCGCAGACUAACAACGGAUAUAGAUGCAGGCCUAUAUGGCUGCUCUGUUAGGGAAGGAAUUCUUGUCUUAGGGAGAAAUAGUCCAGUGAUGACUCCUGCUGGGAGGUUUUACCUCAUAUCAAAGCUAUCCCAUCUUUAUGGGGCAUUUGUUGUUAAUGGCUGUGAAGGGACAGUCUUUGCAGGUGAUUAUAUGUGCUGCCAUCAUUCUCUUGGAUAGCUUCAUCUCCAUGUUUAAGAGGAAGGACUUUUGAUACCCCAUGAUGAUUACCCUUACAGAGAUGUCUGGCUUAGUGUCCAUUCCACUGGUUCAUAGUAAUCACCCUCUCCCCGUUUCUCUCUUGUCUCAAACUUUCAUGGUAGUUAUCCUUGCAGAGUACAAAGAACAUAGAAAUUGGAGAGUUUGCAGCCAAGUAUAUUCUAGAGUUAGAGCCUCAUGAUUUGGCAUCAUGUGUUCUCCUUUCAAAUUCAUUUGCUGUUACUGGGAAGUGGGCUUGUAGGGAUCACAUCAGAAAGAUGAUGAAAUACAGGAGUCAGAAAAGAACCUAGCCGUAGCUGAAUUGAGUAAAAAAUGUGGUUCAUGCUUUCUUUGUUGGUCAUCGGGUGCACCCAUUGGCUGAUCACAUUUACAAGUAUUUGGCUGACCUAAAUGAUAGGUUAGACAUAAUAGGGUACAUGCAAGAGAAUAUUUCUCUUCCAUGAAAAAGAGAAAGAACAAACAGACCCACUGCUUUGCCCAUAGCGAGAAGUUACCUGUCUCUUUUGGAUUGAUGAGUUUGCCUCCUUCUAUGCCCUUUAGAGUGAUUAAGAAUCUCUGUGUCUGAGUUUCCACACUUGGAUGAAUUUUACCUCUGAAGUCAUGGGAAGAAAAUUAUAUUGCAAGACGUGUACAGGUUUCACCAUUUUAACACUGAUAUUGUUCAUGUGGAGACUUCUGGCGAAGUGUGCUGAAGUUAAGUUCAUAAAGUGCUCCUCCUGAGGACCCCUACAUUUCCAUUUGUGUUCAUUCAGAUGUUACUUCAAUCAAUUCACGUGUGCACCUCUUUGUUGCAGUGGGGCAUGUGUAUAACUAACUUAGGAAGCCUGCACAAUCAAUGCCCCAAGACCAGACAACACUACAUAACUGCAUAUAAUUAUGGAUCAGAUAACCGCACAAUGCACGCAAGCUUCAUACAACAGAUGAAGAAUAUAACCUGCAGAGUUUGCCACCAUUGCCAUAGAGGGCAAAAACCAUGGAGCCGUCAAGAAGAAACAUAAUCUUGGAAGCACUAGACAAUGAUUCCAUCAAGCUAUCAAGGUCUUCCUUUAGCUCUGCUUCGCAUUUGUCGCACUGGAGAAUCCUCUCCAUGGUGCUGAUUGCUUCCUUGUUGUUUGAGAUCUCGCGCCGCAGCUUGCGCCCAGUCUCUCCUGGACAAGACCCAAGCUGACGCAUUACUUUCAGUGAUUUCUCUACUAUGUCGGACCAUGCACCAUGAUCGAUGUGGUGGAGUAGGUCUGAUGUGACAGGCGCCAUAAUCUUGCGGAGCAGACCUUUGGUACUGCUCAUGACUCUGCAGUUGUUCUCAUCGGCUGCUAACUUCCGGAUGAUAAGAAGGCCUUGCAGUAGCAGCUCCUUGUAGGCAUUCUCAAGAUAUGGCUCAAGUAGACGGUAUUCUUCAAAUGUCUCAAUCAGCGAAGAUAUGCAUUGGAUCCCUCGUGGGAACUGUUCCAAACGGAUGUCGCCAGCAAGGUGGUGGCUAGAUGAUGCCGAUGAACCAAUCAGCAGCUGUUUGAUCAGUGUGAGCUGCCCCAAGGGCGUUGACUGCCACAAGAGCAUGCCCAGGAUCCUUGCCCCGGAGAGAAAGCAGCCAGAUGAUUCCGACUUCAUGAGUCCCACAGCAUACAUAGGUGAGCCUAUAGAAGAAGAGUAGACCCUGGACCAGAGCUAUCAAGUACAAGGCAUCCAUCGCCGCCUUCAGGUUCGCUUUAUCGAUAUCCCCAUCAGCAUUACCGUAGUCAUGCUGUACCAGACGCCACAGCGAAAUCCCAGUAGAAAUGUACAGCCCACACGUAUAUAGGAUAACUAUAGGGAGCAGCACAGUUAUGAACACCAGGGAUCGGACGACUGCCAUUACAGCGCGUGCUACCAUGUAUGCCCCCAUGAGUGCAAUUGACAACUCAUGGGGAGGCUCAAUGCUCAGUGCACUACUGAGUAAGGCCAUGUACGAAUGCCUGCUGUUGCUUACGCUUUCCCCCAGAAUGACUUCAAAAGCCCUGUUGCAUGAUCCAGUGCAGUCAGGAAAAAGGUGUCCCGGAAAUAUGUAGUUAGUAAAUCUGUAGUGACGAGAAAUCUGGUGAAAACUACCAGAUCAAUGAAACCAUAUUUUAGUAGUUUUCCUCGUUUCUAAAAAUAAAUAAAAUGGGUUACUAUUUUCUUAAUUUUUUUUAAAGUAGCAGUAAUCUGGAGCUUCAAACUUGACCUAGUUCGGAACAUAAAAUUUUGGCAAACAAUGAAAUAUAUGAUGUUGAGCAUCGAACAAUCACUGUCCAUUCAUAUCCCCACAAAUUCAGUUGUCUUGAUCUUGAAAUUUUACAUGUCUAUAGAAUAUCUUCACAAUGUAUGAAGAUGCCUAUGUUUUGUAGUGUGCCACACCCACCCUCCUAUAUGCCAUCCGGCGCUCCAGCAGCGGCGUUUUACCUCCAGCGCGAGACAAACACUCAUCUGCUCUCCUUUCUCGACAAGUCGGCAUGGCUUCCCCACUUGGAUGACCCUUCUUGGCCCUCGGCAUGGGAGAUCUGCAGUGGAGGCUGUGGAUGUAGCUUCCAAGUUCUCUAGGAGUUACACUUCGAUCACUAUUCGUCUGCCUGCUUGCUCGUGAGGUUGAAUUCGACAACUCGAAGGCAAAGAUUCAACCUUGGCUACCUGCUUGGUGACUACUUGUAGUUGGUAGUUUCUUGGAGAAGGCGACGCUUUAGGAUGCUUAUAAUAGCCCAUAUACACACUCGAUAAAAAGUAUAUGUCUGACUAGGCCGCGCAGAACCCAAAUCUGUGUUCUUGGGGACUUGAACCUGGGUGGCUAGGUUGUACAUCUACUUCCCUAACCAAGUGAGUUAGGCUCACUUCUUGAGUGGGGUCUUUAAGAACAACCUUGGCGCUAGGAAAAUGUCAACCACCUCGCUUACACCUAGCGGUUUUUUCCAACCUUUUGGUACUAAUUCCUUCUGAGAUUGCUUUUGUUCUCUGUAUAUACCACAAU